UGAUUCUGAGGGAAACUUUGGGAUGAGUGUUGCUGGAGUUCUACGGGUCAAAAAAGACCUGGAUCGGGAAGAAAUCCCAGUGUAUUCCAUCAUCGUUAAAGCUUCCAGUAACCGAAGCUGGUCUCCUCCGAGAAGUCAAAGGUCACAGCGGGCCCAAGUGCUUGACCCAAGCCGUGACCCUACAUUACAGGAAGUAAGAAUCUUCCUUGAGGACAUCAACGACCAGUCUCCAAGAUUCACAAAGAUGGAGUACACUGCAGGUGUGGCUGCAGAUGCUAAAGUGGACUCAGAUCUGAUCCGGGUUCAAGCGAUUGAUAAUGACAUUGGCAACAACAGUCUUGUUCUUUAUCACAUUCUGUCUAUCCACUACAUCAAACUACAUUCCAAUGACUCUGAAGAAAUGCCCAGCGUCUUCAUCAUCGGUGACACUAAUGGAGUCAUCCGGACGCAUGACCUGUUUAUGGCUUAUGAUCCGGGUUAUUUUAUGGUGGAGGUUUUGGCGAGCGAUCUGGCAGGACACAGUGAUGUGACACUGGUGGGCAUUUACAUUCUCAGAGACGACCAGCGGGUGAAGAUCGUCAUUAAUGAGAUUCCAGAGCGUGUGCGACUGUUUCAAGAGGAGUUUAUAAACCUGCUCUCAAACAUCACUGGAGCCAUAGUCAACACUGAUGACGUACAGUUUCAUGUGGAUAAAAAGGGCAGAGUGAACUUCGCUCAAACCGAUGUUCUGAUUCAUGUGGUCAACAAGCAGACCAACCGUAUUCUAGAUGUGGAGAGGGUGAUUCAGAUGAUUGAUGAGAACAAGGAGCAGUUGAGGAAUCUGUUUAGAAACUACAACGUUCUGGAUGUUCAGCCAGCUGUGACUGCUCGUGCACCUGAUGACCUCACCAACUUACAGAUGGCCAUUAUCAUCUUGGCAGUUUUACUCUUCCUUGCAGCUAUGUUGUUUAUCCUGAUGAACUGGUAUUACCGCACAGUGCACAAAAGGAAGCUGAAGGCGAUUGUUGCUGGCUCCACAGGAAAUCAGGGGUUGAUGGAUAUUCUGGAUAUGCCCAACACAAACAAGUACACGUUUGAAGGAGCAAAUCCAGUGUGGCUAGAUCCUUUCUGCAGGAAUCUGGAAUUAGCGGCACAGGCAGAGCAUGAGGACGACCUUCCUGAAGACUUAAGUGACAUUGCUGACCUCUGGAACAGCCCGGCUCGCACACAUGGUACAUUUGGACGUGAGCCUCAGGCCUCUAAACCAGAGGAUGACCGAUAUCUACGAGCUGCUAUUCAGGAGUAUGACAACAUCGCCAAACUAGGACAAAUCAUGAGAGAGGGGCCUAUCAAGGGCUCGCUGCUCAAGGUGGUUCUGGAUGACUACCUGAGACUCAAAAAGCUGGUUGCCGCCCGCAUGGUCACCAAGUCAACCAGCAACGGUGACCAGUCUUCAGUCACAGAGCUGAUCCAAAGUGACCUGGAUGAAGAUGACGACGAGCGUGUUGGUGUCGGAGGUCGAGGAACCCUUCGCUUCAAGCACAAACUCCCAAUCGAGCUCAGGGGUCCUGAUGGGGUGCAUGCGGUUCACGGCAGCACAGGCACGCUGUUGACCUCUGACCUCAACAGCCUGCCUGAAGAUGAUCAGCGGGCGCUGGCACGCUCCCUUGAAGCCUUGCACGCAGAUGGUGGACUGUAUGCUGAACGCAAUGCCCGUACAGAAUCUGCAAAAUCCACACCUUUGCACAGAAACAAGGGCAAUGACACUCUGUCUGGGAGUCCGUUAGAGAUCACAGAAUUAUGACUAGCCGAGGCCUCGCUGGUCUGAGAAAAUGUACAAUGUGCAUGGCAUGCCUGGCUUCUUGUUUUUAAUGGAAACUCUUUCCUGCGAUGUGGAGAAGAGUUCAGGUUUGUAAGGGCCAGGUGUGAGGAGGGUGUGUAGAUGUGUAGUAUGUGUGUGGACCUGGAACACGCAAAACAAGGGCAGCUCAUCUUGUCAGAGAUACUUCAAGAGUAAUGAGACUUUAACCGCGCACACUCACUCAAACUGCACAAGGGGAUGAAUGCACUCUCAGACCAGUGGAAGGCCGAAUACAGACACUAGUUUUUAUUUAGUUACUUUUUUAUAUUUUAGUGGGACACCACUGCUUAUGAGAGUAUAUCUCUGGGGCUUUUCACACCGUGAUUAACCCUGGGUUAAACAUUAUUUCACACUUCGAAAUAGUGCAUAGUGUUUAAAUUCACAAAGCACAAACAGUUCCUCUUGUCUGCCAUUGCAUUAACAUUUAGUCAUUUUGCAGGUGCUUUUGUCCAAAGUGACUUACAUUUGGGCAGAGUACAUGAAGCGAUUCUUCUUAAAGAGACACAGGAAGUGCUCAUCAUACCAAGUUUCAGGCCUUUGUUAAAGUUUUUUUUUUUUAGCUUAAUUUAUUGGUUGAAAAAAUGAAAUUCCCCCUAAACACACGCCAUUAAAUGAGCUCAUGUUGCUGCGUCUUUUCACCCAAUCUAACUUACAAAUGGCUGACUUUUAGCUGUCGUCACUGCUAGUAUUAUUGCGGUACUCAUAUUGCAAAUUACUGUCAGUGUCGCAGUAUUUUCCAGAUAGUUCCAUAAUGCGUUAUGUUCGUAAAUAUUAUCACAUUCUGUACCAAAACUCUUGUAGCUCAGUCGCGUUUGGCAUUUAGUUUGACAAGGAGCACAAGAGAUGGAGAGCAAUGCAUUAUAACGGAACCCGUGGAUCUCGAGAUUCAUUUCUACUGAUUGAACAAGAUGUGACACAGUUGAGUUCAGUGGACACUCGAGGUUUGUUGUGGUGUUUGGUUACCACGUUUCAAAUGAAAUAUUGAAACAAAAGCCCCAUUCACAAAUACAGAUUUUACUAGUAAACUACCGGUAAGUUACCAUUAGGAGAUAAUGUGUGAACAGGACCUUUUCAAAAAUACUUUUCCUACAAUUUACCAGUACGAGAAGUUGUAACAUUACCAGUUAAUUACUGGUAAUGUGCAGUGUGUGAUCAUAGGUAAUCAUAACCAAUCAUAACAUUCUGACACAGAUGUGCGCUGUGUAGUUCAGUUUGAAGUCAUUUAAUGCAAUCUCUCUGGGACAAAAGAAGCUGCAUGAAUGUGAACAUUUGGUUAGUGAUUUCACAGAAUUGAUCUGUAAUUUGGAACCGAUGUUUGAAUGGAGCUUUACCAGUAAAAAGAUGGAAUCGAUCCUUGCCUGUGUAAACAGCACAUAUUUGUAUUUACCGGUAAAGUUGUCCAGUAAUUUACAGCAAUUUACUUAAAAAUUGUCAAGGUUUUACCAGAACAUGAAUGGUUUUAAUUCUGAAUACUUGAUAGAGCUAAAUGUCAUAUCUAAAUAAUUUAAGUGGUACUACACUGCUAUGGUUUAGUGAAAAAUAUGAGAUGCUAUACUUUUAAGGCAAGAUGGCCACAUUUACACGUUUGUAAAAGCAGGUCGUGUGCUUUAAAAUUGUUAACCAUGUAAAAACAUGCUUUAUUGAUUUAUUUAUAAACCAUGGGUUAACAAGUGUGAAAAGCCCAUUUGAUAUAAAGAAUAAACAAACACAAGAACACAGACUGUACUGCAAGCUGCUCUGUGUCCGUGUCUUUAUAGGGACUUUUAAGACAUUACAAAAAUGACUUCAUGAACUCUUUAAAAAAUUGUGGACUAUCUGAAAAAAGUGGAUGACUACAUUCAAGAAAAUGGACAAAAAGCUGUUCCAUGGACUAAUGAGGAAAGCCAGUCAGCAGACCACACACUGUUUCCACUGAACACUGAGGCCAGAGGUUUGUCUGGUCAGCUACAAAACAUUUCAUUUUUGCUCGAACUGAAAGACUUGUGUGUGUUGUGUUUGAAUAAAAACGGCAGUGAAACUAUACACAGUGAAACUGCUUGAAAGGUUCAUGUCAUGCCAUAACUCGAUUUUACCUUUAAAAAA